CAAACCGGAAGCAAAACAAACAGCAGAGCUCGUGCACAAACGCUCCGACAGACUUCAACGUUUUUAAUUAUAUUAACUUUAAUAAUUAAGAACUUUUUUAUCUGAGUUUCUUCCCGCGGGAAUCUGCGUCAUCGCGCGGGACGAACAGCACGCGACACUCUGCAGCAGCAACGCGGAAGUGCAGUGAGAUGAAGAGGAAGCGGCUGCUCGCGCUCUUUGUGGGCGGAGUCUUCAUCGCCGCCAUGAUGUCACUGCAUCGCAUGCUGGAGCAGGGGGCGGAGCCUCAGCAGGAAGCACCUGCAGGACAGGGGGACCAGGAUUUGUCCCGCCUCGCUCAGAAGAUUGACAGGUUGGAGCGUCUCCUUAGCGACAACAACCGUCUGGUUGCUACGCUACGAAACUCUCUGCUACACCCUAAAGGGGACAAUAGAGGAGGAGCCAAUGUAAGCUCCGCCCACAGCCCAGCUGACCCGCUGCCUGGCUGCCGAUUGGCCGACGAGACGAAGGGCGGAGCCGACGAAGUGCAGCUGCUGGAUGUUUACGAUCGGCUCCCGUUCGAUAACCCUCCCGGCGGCGUCUGGAAACAAGGCUUUGAUAUCCGUUACCAAGGAGACGAGUGGGACGAGACGCCGCUGGAGGUGAUCCUGGUGCCGCACUCUCACAACGACCCCGGCUGGCUGAAGACGUUUGAUAAUUAUUAUCACGACCAGACGAAACACAUCCUCAACAACAUGCUGACCAAACUGUCUGAGGACAGCAGGAGGAAGAUGAUCUGGGCAGAGAUCAGUUAUUUCUCUAAAUGGUGGGAAGAGCUCGACCAGAAGAAGAGAGACACGGUCAAACGCCUGCUGGCGGGGGGGCAGCUGGAGAUGGUGACGGGUGGCUGGGUGAUGGCCGACGAGGCAAACUCUCAUUAUUACGCUUUGUUGGAUCAGCUGAUAGAAGGACAUCAGUGGAUACAGACACACCUGGGUGUGAAGCCGAGCAGUGGUUGGGCGAUCGACCCGUUUGGCCACUCCCCCUCCAUGGCCUACCUGCUGAAGGGGGCGGGGCUUAGCAACAUGGUCAUCCAGCGCGUUCACUACGCUGUGAAGAAGGAGUUCGCCCGGCAACAGACUCUGGAGUUCAAGUGGAGGCAGAGCUGGGACUCCUCCCCCCUCAGUGACAUCACGUGUCACAUGAUGCCCUUCUACAGUUACGAUGUCCCUCACACCUGCGGUCCCGACCCAGCCGUCUGCUGUCAGUUUGACUUCCACCGGCUGCCGGGGGGGCGGGUCUUCUGUCCCUGGAGGGUCCCCCCUCAGCCAAUCACAGAGCAGAACGUCCAGGAGAGAGCCCUCCUGCUAUUGGACCAGUACCGCAGGAAGUCCCGCCUCUUCCGCUCUCCGGUGCUUUUCGUUCCGCUCGGAGAUGAUUUCCGCUUCGUGGAGUCGAGCGAGUGGGAUGCUCAGUUCAGGAACUACCAGAAGCUGUUUGACUUCUUCCAGACGCACCCCGAGCUGCACGUCAAC